GAUGUAUGUUUUGCUUCCAGUAGAGAGCAGUGCCCUCUGGGUCACAGACUUCAAGGUAGCUGGCUGCAAGGACAGGAAUCUUUUCAGGAACCAGAAUGAGACACAAUCAGAUCUGUUGUGAGACACCGCCCACAGUCACUGUUCAUGUAAAAUCAGGAUCAAGUAGAUCUCAUCAGCCAAAAAAACCUAUUAAUCUUAAGCGUCCUAUUUUUAAAGAUAACUGGCAAACAUCUGAAAAAAAUGCACACAAUAAUAACAAGUCAAAACGUUCCAAAGGACCAUGUCUAGUUAUACAGCGUCAAGAAAUGACUGCUUUCUUUAAAUUAUUUGAUGAUGACUUAAUUCAAGAUUUCUUGUGGAUGGAUUGCUGCUGUAAAAUUGCAGAUAAGUAUCUUCUGGCUAUGACCUUUGUUUACUUCAAGAGGGCUAAGUUUAGUAUAAAUGAACAUACCAGAAUAAAUUUCUUUAUUGCUCUGUAUCUGGCUAAUACGGUUGAAGAAGAUGAAGAAGAAUCAAAGUAUGAAAUUUUUCCAUGGGCUCUGGGAAAAAACUGGAGGAAAUUAUUUCCUAAUUUCUUAAAGUUAAGGGAUCAGCUUUGGGAUAGGAUUGACUAUAGGGCUAUUGUAAGCAGACGGUGCUGUGAAGAGGUUAUGGCUAUUGCUCCGACGCAUUAUAUAUGGCAACGAGAACGGUCCAUGCAUCACAGUGGGGCUGUCAGAAACUACAACAGAGAUGAAGUUCAGCUGCCCCGAGGACCUAGUGCCACACCAGUAGAUUGUUCACUUUGUGGUAAAAAAGGAAGAUUUGUAGGACUGGGAUUGUCUUCAUCAUCUUCCUCUUCAUCCAGUGGCACAUUAGAAAUGAUGGAGAAAUUUUCAUCUCAGGAAUCAUACAACUCAUUCUCAGUGGACUUGCCACUUGAACCACCUCAAUCUUACUGUUAUUCCCAAGUUGCCACUGAUAACCUAUCAAAAAAGGGAAGGAAAACUACUUGCAUGAAGCAGGAUAAAUCUAUGGAGUGGUUUACAGGCAAUGAAGAAUGAAAUGGCUCAACGAAA